AAACCAGCGAUGAAGAAUCGAAGUUAUAAUCUACACGCGACGGUGAAGUUUCAUACUCUCUUUUGAACUGUACCCAAUCUUCAAUUUAUCACCGAGCCGGCAACCCUUCAUCUUCUUCCUCCCGCGAGCCAACCAGAGAGAGAGAGAGAGAGAGAGAGAGAGAGAGAACUUAACAUAAAUGGAGAAUGCCUUGAUGUUCACAACCUCACCUUCACGACCUGUGUGUUUCCCUCAUGGCGUCUUCACCCAAUUUAAGUUCAAUCCUAUCACUCAAACUACUCCUAGGAGACAACCCAUUUCCAUUAAGGCGAUAAAAAGCUCCAGAAGGACCCUCUCGACAGACUGGAAUAUAUCCAACUCUGCUGCUCCUUGGUUGCCCAAAUUCGAAGAGCUUGAUGCAACAAAUAUGCUCCUUCGUCAGAGAAUUGUUUUUCUGGGAUCUCAGGUGGAUAACAUGACUGCGGAUUUGAUCAUCAGCCAGCUGUUAUUACUUGAUGCCCAAGACCAGACAAAGGACAUUAAAUUGUUUAUAAAUUCACCUGGGGGCUCUGUAACUGCUGGAAUGGGAAUAUAUGAUGCGAUGAAGUUGUGCAAGGCAGAUGUCUCUACUGUUUGUCUGGGUCUUGCAGCAUCUAUGGGUGCAUUUCUUCUUGCUUCUGGAACUAAGGGAAAGAGGUUUUGCAUGCCAAAUGCCAGAGUUAUGAUCCAUCAACCACUUGGAACUGCCGGAGGAAAAGCAACAGAGAUGGGACUGCAAAUAAGGGAAAUGAUGUACCACAAAAUUAAGCUGAACAAGAUACUGUCAAGAAUCACAGGGAAGCCCGAGGAGCAGAUUGAAGUGGAUACUGACCGUGACAACUUCAUGAACCCUUGGGUGGCAAAGGAAUAUGGGUUAGUGGAUGCAGUUAUUGAUGAUGGCAAGCCAGGGUUGAUUGCACCAAUUGCAGAUUCAUCGCCUCCACCCAAAACUAAAGUGUGGGAUCUAUGGAAAAUUGAAGGGAGUAGAAAAGCCAGAAAGAAUUUACCAUCAGAAAACAAGAUUCUACAGAAUGGGUUCAGUGGAGGCCAAGGAAAUGAUGAGGAAAGGGGUAAUGAGCAAGAAAAGGAAUCACCUGCUCCUGUAUGAGAGAUGGAACAGCUCCACCCUGACCGCCUGUAUUAUUAUCACCUCUGGAAGAUGUAACCUUCAGAGGUCCCAAUAACUGGUCCUUUGGAUAAGGGCAUCUCACAUUUAGAUGAGGGGAUAUAUCUUUAUUCUGCUACAUUGUCCCAAUCGUCUUACCAUUGCCAUCUUUGCUGAUGUUUUUCCAUUGGCAAAAUCUGAAACCUAUUUAAUGAAGAGAUCAGUUUCUUGCAAUUUUAACAAUGCUGUUGCUUCAUUGUACUUUGUAAGGUGACAGGUUAACCUCAAAGAGAAAUUUACAGAGGUAAAAUGGUAAGCGAACAGCUAAUAUGCACCAAAAACUUGCAAUA